UGUAGUGUACACAAUGUUACAAAACAACCACCUCUCCUCUCUGAACUCACUGUAACCACUACGUAACAUUUCCUCUCUGUUCUCAGCUCUGUUUUAACAAAGGUGAAUUCCAGUAGCUAUUUUCCCUCAUUCAGCUGCUUAUUGAGAGGCUAUGCUCUGUACUAACCUGUGCUCUCAGCGUGGCCAGAAUGCAGGACGAGACUGAGCUGGAGCCGAACUCCGGAACCUGGUCCUGGUGGCCGUCUUGGCGACCGACAUCUAUGUCUCUGUUGAAGACCGCUGAGGCCAAGAUUCUCGCCUGUAUUAAGAAUGAAGUGUGGUCUCGAUUUGUGACGCUGCCAAAUCAGAACAGAAUAUGGACCCUGACAGUAACCAAUAAGACUGCACAAAAAACUUCAGACCAAGCUUCUCAGACCCCUCUUGUGAUGGUUCAUGGGUUUGGAGGAGGAGUCGGGCUUUGGAUCAGGAACCUGGAUGCUCUGAGUCGCCGGAGGCCCGUUUACGCCUUCGAUCUGCUGGGUUUCGGCCGCAGCUCGCGUCCCUCCUUCCCUGCCGACGCUUCGCUGGCUGAGGAGCAGUUCAUUAGCUCUAUAGAGCAGUGGAGGCAGAGCCUGGGCCUGGAGCGCAUGAUCCUAUUGGGCCACAGUCUUGGAGGAUACCUGGCAACGUCGUAUUCUAUUCAGUACCCUGAAAGAGUCAGUCACCUCAUCCUGGUGGAUCCCUGGGGCUUCCCAGAGAGACCCCAGCCUCAGCCUGAAGAGUCUUCUAGUCAGGAUUUGGAGGUGAAGAGGCCUGGACCGCCUCGCUGGGUGAAAGCUCUGCUACCUGUCGUCUCGCUCUUCAAUCCACUGGCCAUCAUUAGAGCAGCAGGACCGUGGGGUCCAGGGCUGGUGAAUCGAUUCCGGCCUGAUUUCAAAAGAAAGUUCGAGGACCUUUUUGAUGACAACACGAUGACCGAGUAUCUGUACCACUGUAAUGCCCAAACACCCAGUGGUGAGGUGGGAUUCAAGGCCUUGACCGGGUAUAUGGCCUGGGCGAAGAGACCCAUGUUACAGCGGGUCAACCUGCUGCCCCCUUCCCUGCCCGUCACCCUGCUGUACGGAGCAAGCUCCUGGAUGGACAGCUCCUCCGGCAAACUCAUGGCCCAGAUCAGAGGCCAGGACUCCACCAGAGUAGUGUUGAUUGAUGACGCCUCCCAUCAUGUAUAUGCAGACCAGCCUGAGGAAUUUAACCGUGUGGUGGAGAACAUCUGUAAUACUGUGGACUGAAAGUGUAAUGUUACACAAUCGUGUGUGUGUGUGUGAAUGUGUGUGAAUCCGCCAGAACUUGUAUGAGCUUAGGUCUCUAUUUAAGUUAUAUUUUGCAACAUAUUAAAUAUUUGCCACGAGGCAAAGCUGGGCCUUGACCUUCACUUACUGACAACAUUUCACAUCUUAAAUUUUAUUGUGGCCAGUUUAACCACAUUUACACCUGCUCACUUCAUGUCUCUUGAGUAUCAGGAUUAAAACUGGAUUAGGCUAAACCACAUACAAGUGUGAACACACCCAAUACACAUUUAAAACAGAUAACUCAAACCACUUUAGGAGAUGGUCUGAGACGAACUUGAAACAUAUACGAAUCUGAUCACUCAAACCACUUCAGGAAGUGGUCUGAGACGUGUUUAAAACAGAUACAAAUUAGAUCACACCACUUCAGGAGGUGGUCUAAAACACAUUUGAAAUUGAUACAGAUCUGAUCACUCAAACCAUUUCAGGAGGUGGUCUGAGACGUGUUUAAAACAGACUUUAGGAGAUGGUCUGAGACAUGUUAAAAACAGAUACAAAUCCCAUUAUUCAAAUCACUUCAGGAGGUGGUCUGAGACACAUUUAAACCAGAUACAAAUCCUAUUAUUUAAACUACUUCAGGAGGUGGUCUGAGACUAUUUUAAACAGAUAUAAAUCCAAUCACUAAAAUCACUUCUGAUCACUAAACUAUUUCAGGAGGUGGUCGGAGACGCAUUUAAAACAGAUAUCCCUUUACUCAAACCAGAUUUUUUAGCAGUGUAAACAAUCUGUUUUUCUACAACACAUUCGUUAUAUAAAUCCCCCCCAGUACAACUAAAACCCAAGGAAUAAUAGCCAAACAUCAAGUAAAUUAGCAUAUUCCAUCCCACACAGCAAUCAGGAUCCAAUCCAGAUACUAAACACAAUCAAGUGAACAGGUGUAAACAGAGCCUUUACUUUUAGUGAACUGUACUAAAUAUCACACUUCACCCUUUAACUCACUGUCUGCAAGCGCUUACCAGCAUUAUCCUGCUCUGUAAUGUAUUUCCUUAUUGAUUGUUUUGUGUCAUGUUUACAUUAUUAUCAGUUAUUGCAUAAAAAAAAAUACCAGAGAAGGCCACUAAAUAUUUUAUAUUUCAGAUGUGGAUUAAUUUAUCUUUCAACAAAAUAUAAAGAUUAUAUAUAUAAAGAUUAUAAGACUAUAAAUGUUGGUUCUGAAGUCUGCAGAGAAAUGCAUGCUACCAGUUCAGCCUUUGACCUUUUUCCCCUCAAAUGUUUUAGUUAUGAAUGUAUUUUAUAAUAUAAAUAUACAAUAAAUACAGAUUUCUAUGUUUUAAA